AAGCUGGCUCGUGAUCUUCCGUGCUGCACCUUCCCGUACCUCGUGAAGUUUUCGCGCUCGGUUACCUCUCCAACCUCAGUCUUUCUUCAGAUUAGGGAUUUUCAAGCAUGGAUGAAGAAUAUGACUGUAUCGUUCUCGGUACAGGACUCAAGGAGUGCAUAUUAAGUGGAUUUUUGUCAGUGAAUAAAAAAAAGAUUCUUCACAUGGACAGAAAUCAAUAUUAUGGUGGGGAAAGUGCUUCAAUCACACCACUGGAAAAGUUCUAUGAACUGUUUGGAAAGACACCUAAACAACUAGGAUCAUCAAAAGAUUGGAAUAUUGACCUCAUUCCCAAGUUCUUGAUGGCGCAAGGUGACCUGGUUAAAUAUCUGAUUGAAAGUGGAGUUACCCGCUACCUUGAAUUCAAACAAGUAGAAGGAAGCUAUGUGUAUAAGGAUAAAAAGCUUUUCAAAGUACCAGCAGAUGAAAAAGAGGCCCUUGCAACCAGUCUCAUGGGAAUGUUUGAGAAAAGAAGAUUUCACAAAUUUCUUGUGUUUGCCAACAACUUUGAACCAGAUGAUAGCAAAACAUGGCAAGAGUUUGAUCCAGAAAAGACCAAAAUGAAGGAUGUGUUUGCAAAAUUUGGUGUGGAUGCAAACACUCAGAGCUUCACAGGACAUGCUCUCGCUCUUCAUCUCAAUGAUAAUUAUUUGGAAGAACCUUGCAAGGAGACUUUAAUGAAGAUCAAGUUGUACAGUUACUCAUUAGCACAGUAUGGAAAGUCACCAUAUCUCUAUCCCUUAUAUGGCUUGGGAGAACUUCCACAGGGUUUUGCCCGCCUGAGUGCAAUAUACGGUGGAACAUACAUGCUGGAUAAGCCUAUAGAGGACAUCAAGUACGAUGAGAAUGGUAGAGUUUGUGGUGUCACUUCACAGGGAGAAACUGCCAAGACAAAGAUGGUGAUCGGUGACCCCUCUUAUUUCCCUGACAAAGUGAAAAAGGACGGCCAGGUUGUUCGUUGCAUAUGCUUCAUGGAUCAUCCUGUUCCUAAGAUCAAAGAUUCUGCCUCUUGCCAAAUCAUCAUUCCUCAAAAUCAAGUGAGCAGGAAAUCAGAUAUCUAUAUUUGUGUUGUAUCGUAUGCACACAACGUGGCAGCCAAAAAUUACUACAUAGCUAUUGUCAGCACAACAGUGGAAACAGCCGAUCCAGAGGCAGAGCUGAAACCUGCUCUUGAUCUGCUGGGACAUGUUAUAGAGAAAUUUGUGAAAGUCAGUGAUAUUUUAGUUCCCACUGAUGAUGGCAGUAAAUCUGGGGUUUUUAUCACAACCACCUAUGAUGCCACAACACACUUUCAAACAACUUGCAAGGAGAUUGUGGAUAUCUUCAAACGCUGCACAGGGGAAGAUCUUGACCUUUCAAGUGUGCGGGAAGAUCUGGAAGCUGCUCAAAGAGAAUAGAGUAUUUGGAAGCUUGCUGUGAAGUAAAGAGAAUUAUGAAAUAUUUGGACCUGAUGAAACCCAAUCAAAAUAUCAACCUAUGAUAUCUCAUUGUAGUUUGUAUUCAUUGUAAAAAUACCCUUCAUAGCUUGCUAGUGAAAGCCAAGCUUGGUAGACCUUUUCACCCUAAACAUUCACACAUUCUCCUUACUGGCUGCCAUAUACUUUCUUUCAUGUUGGUUUGAGAAGUUGGCGCCAGAGCAAGUCAUCAUCGUCUAACUGAUAGUCUUGUUUAACUCCCAUCAGUCAGUUACUUAACAGUAUUGUGACACUGUAAGGAGAAUUUGUAUACUGAUUGCUUCUGUGAGUGGAAAGGUUUACAACUGAUGGAGUUCUUAAAAUCGUCAUUCCUUGUUUAUAUGAUUCAUGUGAUUUUUUACCCUUAAGCUUUGCUGGCAACCUCUUAGUCAAAACUCAUUUUUGUAACAACUUUCACCCUGUAGAUUGCCAUGGGUAUACACUUUUAGCACUGUUCUUUGCAAUCAGUGUAUAUCUGGAAGGAAUGAAAGUUAAAAAGACCAGCCUUCCUUCAUUGACCUUCCAGUUUCUGUUUUGCCAUUGUUUAGAGAAGGAACGCAUGGGAAUGGAACAGUACGUUUGCGAUUUCCUCUCACUCCUGAAUUGUUCUCUGAUCAUUUUCAUUAAUUUUUUUGCUAAUCUGUGAGACUUUUGUGCAAAUAAAUGGGUUUUAUAUGAUCCAUCUUGUGAGGAUCAACUGGAGGAACACGUGGGAUUUUCUUAGAUUUUCCCCCCUCCCUCCCAGAAGCAAUGUCUAUGGUUAAGGCUGAUGCUUUGGGGCCUUUAGAAAUGCGUGAUAGAUAGAUAGGAGAUCAAGAUCAGCCUGUACCUUUCAGUAUGUGCUAGUUUUGUCUGUCUCAGUGACACUAUGGCUGAAUAGUACACUUUUUAGAAUGCUCAAAACAAGAUGAACCUGAGUUUUGACAUCAUAGAUAUUUGCUGUUGACCCUUUAACUCCCAAAAUCUGAUUGUCAAUUCGUCUUUCUAGCUGCUAGACACAUCCUUGUAAAUUAGUUAUGAGAACUUGGAGCUAGAUCGAGAUAAGUACAGCUUCUACCUGAUAAGUUUGAAUAUUCUCAUUACCUGUCAGCUGAAUAAUGUAUUGAUAUUAUAGGGAGAAGUUUCAUGUCAAUCACUUCUGGGAUUUAAAGGGUUAACAAAUUCUUUCAAUGUAUGCAUGAGCUGUUAAGAAAUAUAUGAAGAACAUGAAAUAGAAUUUGUAUCAGGGUAGGAGGUGCUCAGACAGUGUAGAACUCGCUUGGCUUUUUCAUGUUUUAGAAAACGGUUCAGGAGGUUUAAGAAAGUCAUGGAACUAUCCAGCUCCCGUAAAAUAUAACUUUGUGAAAUGGUUUUUCUUCAGCCCUAAACAUUUUGAGACUGGUUCAUAUAAACCAUAUGCAUUUUCCAUGAAUGCCCAGUCUUGAAAUAUCCAUUGAUUUAUAAAGAUUAGAGAGAGAAAUAGAGAGUCCGUUUGUGCUAAUAAAUUUAAAAUUUGUAGCUUGAA